ACCGCGGACAGGGGCGCGCCUUUGUUUUAAUAACUCUCACUGUAAAGUGCCAGCGUGGAUAAAAAAAAGACAAAAAGAAAAGAAAAACUCAUUUCAGAGCUGGUCCUCUCGGUGGAAGCUGGUGCCAUAAAGCGGAUUUAAUUGGAUUGGAGUGGCGGAGUGGAGAAUGGCCCGCAGCCUCUCAGUCUGACCUGCCUCUCUGCAGGCGCGCACGAAAUGAAGGGCUGCAGGUGGACACUUUUUCACCGAAUUCUCUGUCCGUGAUCCCGCGCGCAUCGGAGCUCCUUUGGAGGAGUUGAUGGUGCGUUUUCUCAGGUGACUUCGUGGUGUGGAGCUACGGAAAUGGACGCCGCAAAGAAAGAUGCCCCUCCCGGGGGCGAUGCAGGCAAGUCGGACACCCUGGGGUCAACUGGCUCGGCCAGGAAAAGGGGAGGGGGGGCCAAGAAGGCAAUGCAGGCAAACAAGUCUGCACUCAGGGCCCCCCGAGCCUUGUGCUGCCUCACUCUGAGCAACCCAAUCCGCAUGGCCGCACUGGCCCUGGUGGAGUGGAAAUAUCCUUUUUUCUUUUUUUUGCCUUUUGACAUUUUCAUCCUGCUGGCCAUUUUUGCCAACUGUGUGGCCAUGGGCGUCACCAAGCCAUACCCAGACGAUGACUCCAACGCCACCAAUCACCAGCUCGAGCAAGUCGAAUACGUCUUCCUUGUCAUCUUCACCAUCGAGACCUUCACAAAGAUUCUCGCCUACGGCUUAGUCAUGCACCCCAGCGCCUACAUACGCAGCGGAUGGAACUUGCUGGAUUUCGUUAUCGUCAUUGUUGGGUUGUUCAGCGUGAUAGCGGAGGGCAUGACCGACCACAAGCCGGGGGAGGCCCAUCACGCUGCGGGAAAGCCCGGAGGCCUGGACGUCAAAGCCCUCCGGGCCUUCAGGGUGCUGCGACCGCUCCGCCUCGUGUCUGGAGUGCCCAGUUUGCAGAUUGUGUUGAACUCCAUCAUGAAGGCUAUGGUCCCCCUGCUCCACAUCGGUAUGCUCGUCAUGUUUGUCAUCAUCAUCUACGCCAUCAUCGGCUUGGAGCUUUUCAUCGGCAGGAUGCACAAGACGUGCUAUGACAUGAGCACAGGUCUCAUGGUGGAGGACGACCCGUCGCCCUGUGCGUUCGCCGGGAACGGCCGCUUCUGCGUCACCAACGGGACCGAGUGCAGGGGCAAGUGGGAGGGCCCCAACGGCGGCAUCACAAACUUUGACAACAUUUUCUUUGCCAUGCUGACGGUUUUUCAGUGCAUCACUAUGGAGGGUUGGACAGAUGUGCUCUACUGGAUGAACGAUGCCAUUGGCUUCGAGAUUCCCUGGAUUUACUUUGUCUCCUUAGUCAUCUUCGGGUCGUUUUUCAUCAUCAAUCUCGUAUUGGGUGUGUUGAGCGGAGAGUUCUCUAAAGAAAGAGAGAAGGCUGUGGCGCGCGGUGAGCUGCAGAAAGCGCAGGAGAGCAAGCAGAUGGAGGAGGACAUGAUAGGCUACAUGGACUGGCUCAUAGAAGCCGAGGACGUGGACGAAGAAGGAAACAAACGGGCCGCCAUUGCAAAGAAAAAGAUGAUGAAGAAGUUCGGUUGGUACAAACGCAGCGAGGAUGGAGGAGAAUCCGACUCUGACGAUGACAUCGCAUACCUUGAUGAUGACAGCGGCUUCUGUGCUUCCCUCAUGGCAAAGAUGAUGGCCAACAGUUUCUGCGACCAGCUGUGCCAGCUGAAUCAUACCAUGAGAAAGAACUGCCGCAUUGCAGUCAAGACUAACAACUUCUACUGGCUGGUGCUGCUGCUGGUGUUUCUCAACACUGUGGCCAGUGCCUCCGAGCACUACGGGCAGCCAAAGUGGCUCACAGAAAUGCAAGAGCGAGCCAACAAGGUCCUGCUGAUGCUCUUCACGCUGGAGAUGCUGAUGAAGAUGUACGCCUUUGGCCUCCAGAUCUAUUUCAUGGCGCUUUUCAACCGCUUCGAUUGCUUCGUGGUGUGCGGGGGCAUUCUGGAGACGCUGCUCGUGGAGAUGGACGUCAUCCCGCCCAUCGGCAUCAGCGUGCUGCGCUGCAUCCGCCUGCUCAGGAUUUUCAAGAUGACGCGGCACUGGGCUGCCCUCUCCGAUCUGGUCACCUCACUGCUUAAUUCCAUGAAAGCUAUCUGCUCCCUACUGCUCCUGCUCUUCCUCUUCCUCAUCAUCUUCGCCUUGCUGGGGAUGCAGCUGUUCGGGGGCAAAUUCAACUUUGACGAGACCCAGAUGAAGCGAAGCACCUUCGACUCCUUCCCUCAGGCUCUGCUCACCUGUUUCCAGAUCCUCACCGGGGAGGACUGGAACGCUGUGAUGUACGACGGCAUCAUGGCAUACGGGGGGCCCAUCUUCCCUAACAUGGUGGUGUGCAUUUACUUUGUCAUCCUCUUCGUCUGUGGUAACUACAUCCUGCUCAAUGUCUUCUUGGCUAUCGCUGUGGACAACUUGGCCGGAGGCGGAGGAAAGAAAGAAGUGGAAGAGAAAAAGGAAGAAGAGGAGGAGUGGGACGAGGACGAAGAGAAAGAGGACGAGGAUGCUGGGAACGAAGAGGAUGACUGGACGGAAAAUGAGGAGCUGAGAGCCAUCGAGGGACUCGAGGGAGUUGCUCCCUUAAAGCCGGAGUUCUCGGGCCCCAAAGAAAAGAUCGUACCCAUACCCGACGGGAGCUCCUUCUUCCUCCUUGGAAAGAAGAACUGUUUGCGAGUCGCCUGCCACAACUUUAUCCACCACCCCUACUUCACCAACUUCAUCCUGGUCUUCAUCAUCCUCAGCAGCAUUUCGCUGGCCGCAGAGGACCCGAUCAAAUCCCAUUCGUUCAGGAACAUUGUGCUCGGAUAUGCAGAUUACGUUUUCACUUCUGUUUUCACUGUGGAGAUCGUCCUUAAGAUAAUUGUUUAUGGAGCUUUUCUGCACACCGGCUCCUUCUGCAGAAAUGCUUUCAACCUUCUUGACCUUCUUGUCGUCAGCGUGUCACUCGCAUCUUUCUUCCUGCAUUCAAGCGCAAUCUCAGUGGUGAAGAUUCUCAGAGUCCUCAGAGUGCUCAGGCCUCUCCGAGCUAUUAACAGAGCCAAGGGACUAAAGAACGUGGUUCAGUGUGUGUUUGUGGCCAUUCGCACCAUCGGCAACAUCUUGAUUGUCACAACGCUCCUCCAGUUCAUGUUUGCUUGUAUUGGAGUGCAGCUUUUCAAGGGCAGAUUCUUCAGCUGCACAGAUGAGGCCAAACACACCCCCGAUGAGUGCAAGGGAACGUUUGUGGUCUACAAAGACGGAGAUAUGAACCACCCCAUGGUCAAGGAGAGGGUCUGGGAGAACAGCGAUUUCAAUUUUGACAAUGUGCUCAUGGGCAUGUUGGCUUUAUUUACCGUGUCAACAUUUGAAGGCUGGCCACAGCUUCUGUACCGGGCAGUGGAUGCUCAUGCUAUAAACCGUGGCCCCAUUUACAACAACCGAGUAGAAAUCUCCAUCUUUUUCAUCAUCUACAUCAUCAUCAUUGCUUUCUUCAUGAUGAACAUCUUUGUGGGUUUUGUCAUCAUCACCUUUCGAGAGCAAGGAGAGGCUGAGUUUAAAAACUGUGAACUGAACAAAAAUCAACGUCAGUGUGUGUGUUAUGUCCUGAAAGCCCAGCCCAUUAAAAUUUACAUUCCAAAAAACCCAUCCCAGCUCAAAUUCUGGAGAAUCAUUAACUCCAGCCAGUUCGAGUACAUCAUGUUUGUGCUGAUUUUGGGGAACACUCUCACUCUUGCUGUUCAGCAUUAUGAGCAAUCCAAACUAUUCACCUCAAUCAUGGACAUCCUCAACAUGAUCUUCACUGUGGUUUUCACAAUCGAGAUGAUUAUCAAGCUGAUGGCUCUACGGGCUCACCAUUAUUUCAUCGAUCCUUGGAACUCCUUUGAUGCCUUGAUCGUGGUGGGGAGCGUGUUGGAUAUUGUAGUGUCAGAGUUCAGUGGAGGCGGCGGCGGUCAUGGCGAGGGCGGCACGAAAGGAGAGCACGGAAAAGUGUCCAUCACGUUCUUCCGUUUGUUCCGAGUCUUGAGGCUGGUUAAGCUGCUCAGCAAGGGAGAGGGCAUUCGAACCCUCCUCUGGACUUUUGUCAAAUCCCUGCAGGCCUUGCCUUACGUUGGCCUGCUCAUCGCUAUGAUAUUUUUCAUCUAUGCUGUGAUUGGCAUGCAGAUGUUUGGGAAAGUGGCUGUUGAUGACGACACACACAUCAACAGAAACUGCAACUUCCAGACGUUCUUCAUGGCUGUCCUGGUCCUCUUUAGGUGUGCCACAGGAGAGCAGUGGCAGGAGAUCAUGUUGGCAGCUCUGCCCGGCAGACGCUGUGACCCAGAAUCUGACGUGGAGCCCGGCGAAGAGUUCACCUGUGGUAGCAAUUUGGGCUACCUUUACUUCAUCAGCUUCUUCAUGCUCUGUGCUUACCUGAUUAUUAACUUGUUCAUUGCCGUCAUCAUGGACAACUUUGAGUACCUCACCAGGGACUGGACUGUGCUGGGGACUCACCACCUGGACGAGUUCAAGAGGGUCUGGUCUGACUACGAUCCGGAGGCCACCGGCCGCAUUAAGCACAUCGAUGUGGUCACUAUGCUACGCAGGAUUCAGCCACCUCUGGGCUUUGGAAAGCUGUGCCCUCAUCGUGUUGCCUGUAAAAGGCUGGUGGCCAUGAACGUCCCACUGCACCCAGAUGGGACAGUCACCUUCAGCGCCACGCUCUUCGCUCUCGUUCGGACCUCGCUCAAGAUCAAAACCGAAGGCCCCAUCGAUCAGCAGAACGAGGAGCUGAAAAUCAUCAUUAAGAAGCUCUGGAAGCGCACCAAGCCAAAGCUUAUUGAUGAGAUCAUUCCGCCCCCUAGAGGGGAUGAGGUGACUUGCGGGAAGGUUUAUGCCAGCUUCUUGAUUCAAGACUACUUCAAAAAGUUCCGCAAGAGAAAAGAGAGAGAGAGGAAAUCUAAGAAGAAAGACAGGGCAGCAGCUCUGCAGCAAGGGCUGCGGACCCUGCAGGACCUGGCUCCGGAGAUGCGUUUGGCGAUGGCCUGCGACAUAGAAGAUGAGGAGGCCACGGAGGGGGAGAUGACGGGCGAUGAGAUAUUUGACAGUGAAGCCGGAACUUCGGUGAACCCGACGCCUGCCAGCACGCCCAUGCCCCCUAUAGAAAUGCUGGUGGAGCAGACCGCCGUGAUCAUGGAACCUGAACCCAAGAUCGCCAACGGGGGCGUGAUCACCAAGCAGGUGUCGGGCCUGCUGGAGCACGAGAGGCCAGGGUCAGAGCUGGCAGGCGUCAACAUCGUAACAGAGCAGCCGGUCAGGUCCGAACCCCUACCUAUCAGGGUGGACUCCAUCAGCGAAUCCCCGUUACCUCCUCCCCCGGAGGUGUCAGAUGGAGGAGUAAUUGUGGCCGAGGAAGCUCCCGCUGUGGCCGCUAAUGAAUCCACUGAGCAGUUCUAUCUCAGUGAUGGAUAUGCUGCAAGCGAAGCCUCAGUAGACAGAUACACGUAUCCUGAGGCUGUGUCCCCUGCACCGACGGACCCGGGCUUCAGCGCCCAGAAUCUGGACGCCACCAGCAGCAUGGGAGAAAUCCCCUACGCCACUCCCGACGCCAACGGCUACGUGGCCAACGGUUACGGCGACGGCACCAUGAACGGUGGCAGCGCCGCCGUCAGCCCCGCGCCCUACGCGCCCAACGGAUACAACGGCAACGGGUACGCGGGCUACCACGGUAACGGGAGCAUAGUCAGCGCCAACGGCGACGGCAGCAUGCUGAACGGCUGCGCGGAGAACGGCAGCGCCGUGGGGGGCUACAACGGGAGCGAGAACGGCGGCGCGCAGUUCGUCCGCAGACGGCUGCUUCCCAGCAUUCCCAAAGGUGAGGCGCUGAGGGCCAUCAACCUGUUAAAUCUGUCCGACGCCUCAGGUCACAAGCCUGCCUUUAACUUCCAAUGUCUGAGGCCCCAGAGCAGCGUGGAUGACCUCCCCAUCCCCGGAAACUAUCAAGGAAACACAUCUCCAACCAGAUCUCGUCUGCAGGUAGAGCGAUGGCAAAGACGCAACCUCAGCGUCGGCGUUUCUCAUCUGCCUUUUGCCCGUUCCUCACCCUCCUCUCUGCUUCACCAGGUCCAGCACAGCCUGGACUCGCGGCCGAGCAGUGUGUCGUCCAUGUCCUCCGCCUCCUGGGCCAACACGGCAGCAGCGGGCACCACCCCUCUCCCGGGGAUUAUCGCCCCCUCCGGCCGCAGGGGCAAACUCAUCUACACCCCCAUGAUCCUGGUGGAUGAGACCAGCGGCACCAGCCAGCCGCUGUGGGGCGACGGCUCUGCCAGCCUGCCGGCGGGACGGCGCCAGGGCUGGUACCCCGGUCAGACCCGCACCUUCACCAGCGUUAGGAUGCCACCCGCCGUCAACCAGGGCUUCGUGGACAAAGGCAGCGCAGACAGCCUGGUCGAGUCGAUCUUGAUCUCCGAGGGUCUAGGUAUCUACGCCCGGGACCCAAAGUUUGUGACCUUUGCCAAACGGGAGAUAGCCGAGGCCUGCCGCAUGAGCCUGGAUGAGAUGGAGAACGCUGCUGCCGACCUGAUCGCGCGCGGAACCAGUCAGUCGCUCUCACGCUUCGAGGAAGAGCUGGCCGACGAAAUGAACUGCGUGAUCUCCUACUGAGAUCGGCGAACCUGAAAUAAGGACGUGGGACCGGAUGUUCAGGAGUGAGGAGAAUCGAAAACUUUGAUGGGAGGUGUGUUCACAUUGGCUGCGAGGGAGACGCUUUUAUACGAUUUCAUACAUUAAACUGAGGGGAUGCAAUUUGUUUUUGAAUGCCAAACCAUGCACGCUGAUUGGGACUCCAUCUGAAGUGGUGAGGACUUUGUGGUAGACAGAAGUUUCUGCCAGUGUCUGUGGCAAACUGCGGCUCUUAGCCUCGCUAUGACAAAGGAUCACGUAUUUCUUCCCCAUUGUACUCUCAUUUUGUGCCGUACUUGAAGGGACAUCACUUUAACGCCUGCGUGCUCAGUGGCAGUUAUGACAAAUAAUCUGUAAAAGGAGAACAUGUAUAGCCACUGCAUGUCGAUCAGGUGUAACAUCUUAAAACUGAGCUGGUAAUGUCCGGCAACUUCAAAUAUUUUACAAAAAUAUUUAAACAGAAUUAAAUAUUCUCGAAGAGUCAAAGUGCAAACUUGUAGCAGAAAUGUCUAAAAUAUUUUGGGGUUGGUUUUUUCUCUGAUGAAUGAGACUGUAGGGAUGGGGAGACUGUAAAGUGUGCAUCAAUAAAAUAUCUUUUCUCAUACAUUUCCAAUAUUGAACAGUUUACAGCUCGUUCCACACGGUGAGCCUCACCUCAAAAG